AUGAACGAAACCUUGAAGGCUGAGCGUGAGAUCGAAGGACAGGGCCUCGGGCUUUUCCUUACUACACCCGCCAACCGAAAGCGACUGGUUAUCCUCAUCAUACACGCAGUGUUUGGCCAAUGGUCUGGCAACGGCCUCCGCGAGCAGGCUAUGCUGAACGGAGCCACAAGCACUGUCAAUUAUGCAACCGCUCUCUUCGCCGCUGUCUUAUCCACCAAGGUUGGCCGUCGAUCUAUGUUCGUUGGAGGUGGCAUCGCAAUGUUUCUCUCCUUCUCAGCACUCACUGCGAGUAUCGCGAUAUGCAACGAGACCGGCUCAAAGGCAGCAAGCAAAUCCACACUGGCGUUCAUCUUUAUCUACUACACUUCAUUCAACAUCUGCCUCAACCCGCUUUUAUUCUUUUAUCUCACCGAGAUUCUGCCCUCCAGGCUUCGAGCUAUGGGACUGAGUAUCCUGGUCUUCUCCACCAAAGCAGCUUCGUUCUUCGACCAAUUCGUCAACCCUGUUGGUAUGAAUUCUCUGGGUUGGAAGUACUAUCUUGUUUAUGUUGGCUGGCUGUUAGUCGAGACUGCUGUCUUCUGGUGGCUUUACCCGGAGGGAAAGGCUACACCCCUGAAAUGA